AUAAAUUACAUUUUUGAUAAAAUUGAUAUUAUUUUCUUAUAUAUUCUUAUUUUUUAACAUUUUACCGACCGAUAGCCGAUUAAUCGGGUUUUUGCCGCCGACGCUUACCGACCGAUAACCUAUUAAUCGGCUUUUUGUCGUCGACGCUUACCAACCUAUAGCCUACCUAUAGUUAAUCGGUUGCCAUGGCGAUAAACAAUCUUUCUCAUUAUAUGAGCAGUAAUUUGUUAUUUAGUACUAAGGUACCUUGCUCAGUUGCGUCAGUUGCGUUGCUGUGUAAGCUCCCACAGUUUUAUACCAAUUCGAAAAACUUACCGUUCGCGAUGAACGAAAAGAAUGGUAUUGGAGAGUUUUAUUUAGAUGAUCUGUCAGAUUGUCCUGACAGUUAUUCAAGAAGUAAUAGUGGUGACGAAAGUGAUGGCAGUGAUACAAUUAUUCGGAAGCGAGGUUCUGUAUUGCCACCAAGAUAUAGUGAUUCAGAAGAUGAUGAGAUAAAUAACGUUGAAGACAAUGCAAAUAACGUUGAAAAUAACGAUGAUAUAUGGUCAACGAACGACGAAGCAAUAAUUUUGGAACCUUUCGAAGGUAGCCCCGGCCUAAAAAUUAUGCCAAGUUCCCCAGAAAGUGUGACGGACAAUGUCAAUUUAUUUUUUGGAAAUGACUUUUUCGAGCACUUGGUGAGGGAAUCCAACAGAUAUCAUUAUCAGGUUAUGGAAAAAUAUAAAAUUCCAUCAAAAGCGAAAAAAUGGACAGAUAUAACGGUACCGGAAAUGAAGAAGUUUUUAGGGCUAAUAGUUCUAAUGGGACAAAUAAAAAAGGACGUUCUUUACGACUAUUGGUCCACUGAUCCAAGUAUAGAAACUCCAUUUUUCUCACAAGUAAUGAGCAGGAACAGAUUUGUGCAAAUAAUGCAGAGCUGGCAUUUUUGCAACAAUGACAACAUUCCUCACGAUUCACAUAGGCUUGCUAAAAUCCAGCCUGUUAUUGAUUAUUUUAGGCGAAAAUUUAACGAUGUAUAUAAACCCUGUCAACAAUUAUCUUUGGAUGAGUCUAUAAUUCCGUGGAGAGGUAGGCUAUCCAUUAAAACGUAUAAUCCCGCAAAAAUUACAAAAUACGGAAUACUUGUGAGAGUACUGUCUGAAGCUGUCACAGGAUACGUAUGUAACUUUGAUGUGUAUGCUGCUGAUGGCAAAAAAUUAGAAGACACUGCGGUUAUUGAACCGUAUAAGAACAUGUGGCACCAGAUUUAUCAAGAUAACUACUAUAACAGUGUAAAAAUGGCUAGAAUUCUCUUGAAAAAUAAAGUGCGAGUGUGCGGAACCAUUCGAAAAAAUAGAGGUCUUCCUCGAUCACUGAAAACAAUACAACUUUCAAGAGAGUAUACACAAUCCUAAACGGAAAAAAUAUUACGUACAAGAAUUUCUUGCACAAAGUCGCAGUUUCAUGGAUAGAAGAUGGUGAAACUAAUUAUACGGAGCAAGAUGACAAUCUACCUAAUUCCGAACCCACAAGGAGAGCACCCAG